AUGUUACCAUGCGUCAUAAUUUCCUUUCUAUAUCUUUUCUAUUUAACCUAUAUAUUUAAAGUUGUUGUUAUAUUCUGUGAUUCAUCAUUUAAUAGAAAAAAUAUAAAAGGACAUACAUUUGAUAGUUCUUCAGAAUAUAUACAUAUCUUAAGAGGGUCUCAACCCUUCUUUUCUAAAAAGAUAUUAAAUAAAAAAAUAUUAAAAACACCAGGAAAUAAAAAAGGGAACUAUGAAAGAAAACAUAAUGUAGCACAAGAAACAGAGAAUGAUCAGGUGAAAAAAGAAAGAAAAAAUGUCCAGACACUUAUGGGAAAGCAAGAUGGACCAACAAUAAAUGAAAAGAAAGAUGAACCAACAAUAAAUGAAAAGAAAGAUGAACCAACAAUAAAUGAAAAGAAAGAUGAACCAACAAUAAAUGAAAAGAAAGAUUCUAUAUCUAUAAUUUACGAAAGAAAAAACAACGUAGAAGAAAAUUCUAAGGAGAACAUUUCACGUACUCCUUACGACAAAGAAGGUGUAGUUAAAAAAAAUGAAUUAAAUAAAGAAGAAAAUAAUGAAAAAAAAACUAGAUCCAUAUACGUAGAUAUAAUGAAUAAUAAUAAUGAUAAAUAUGAACACACUAAUGUAAUUAUAAACAAUGAACAACAACAUGAAAAUGUAAUAGAUACUGAGAAAUGUAAUGACUGCAACAGUGAUAAUAAUAAUAAUAAUAAUGAUAAUUAUUAUUAUGAUGUUAAUAAUAAUAAUAACAAUAGUAAUAAUAGUAAUGAUAAUAAUAUGAAUGAUAAUUAUAAUAAUAAUAUGAAUGAUAAUUAUAAUGAUAAUAAUAAUGAUAAUAAUAAUAAUAAUAAUAAUGAUAAUAAUAAUAAUAAUAAUGAUAAUAAUAAUAAUAAUAAUAAUAAUAAUAAUAAUAAUAGUAAUAAUAAUGAUAAUAAAAAUAAUAAUAAGAAUAAGAAUUAUAAUAAUAUGAAUGAUAAUAAUAAUAAUAAUAAUAAUAAUAAUAAUAAUAUGAAUGAUAAUAAUAAUAAUAAUAAUAAUAAGAAUAAGAAUUAUAAUAAUAUGAAUGAUAAUAAUAAUAAUAAUAAUGAUAAUAAAAAUAAAAAUGAAAAUAAUGAUAAUAAUAUGAAUGAUAAUAAUAUGAGUGAUAAUAAAAAUAGUGAUAAUAGUAAUAAUGAUAAUAAUAAUAAUGAUAAUAAUAUGAGUGAUAAUAAAAAUAGUGAUAAUAGUAAUAAUGAUAAUAAUAUGAGUGAUAAUAAUAAUAAUGAUAAUAAUAAUAAUGAUAAUAAUAAUAAUAAUGGUAAUAAUAAUAAUGAUAAUAAUAAUAAUAAUAGUAACAAUGAUGGUAAUAAUCAAGAAAUUAAAGAAGAAAUAAUAAAUAAAAAUGAAAGUUCUGUCGAAAAGAAUGAAGAAAUGGAUGAAUUAAAUAAUAAUAAAAAUGAGGAACAAAAUCACAUAACUACAGAAUCAGUAAAUAAUAUUAAAAAAGAAGAUGAUGUUAAUAAUGGACAGAUAGAUGAUACAUCAUCAAAUAAUGAUAAUAAUAAUGAUAAUAAUAGUGAUAAUAAUAAAGAUACAAAUGAAGGGAAAAAAGAAGAAAAUGAUGUUAAGGUAGAAGAAGAAAAUACAGAAAAAAAUGUAAUAAAUUAUGAUAAAGAAGAUGAACAAAAAUAUGAGAUGACGUUAAAUAAUUUAAUUAAGUAUCAUAAUGAACUAGAUGAUGAUGAUGAUGAAGAAGAAGAAGAAGAAGAAAUUGAUGAAGAUGAAGAUGAUGAAAUGAAUAGUUCAUUUCAUAAAUUUGAUGAAUCUAAGGAGAAUGAAAAAGAAAGAGAUUCCUAUAGUAAAAGAAAUUAUCCAAAUAUAUAUGUAAAAUAUAAGGAUGAUUUAGAAUUUUAUAAUGAUAAAUUAAAAGAAAAUGAUUUAGAUGAAUUUUAUGAUUAUAUACUUGGUAGAAGAAAUUUAAUAAAUAUAACAUAUAAAAAUGAAUAUGCUUUAAAAUUGAAAUAUCAUAAAGGUUACACUACUUCACUUUAUAAUUUAUAUGUUGUAAACGAUUUAAAAUUAAGUGAUAAUAUGUAUUCUAAUUUUACAACUCCUUUAGAAGAAGAUGAUAAUCCAACUCUUCAAGAAGCAUCCUAUUAUGCUGAUUUAAGUAAAAUAGAUAUUGAUCCUACAAUAUUCAAAGACUAUUUUUUAAAAGUAAAUCAAUGUGAUGGUGAUUAUUUGCCAUUAAAAAAUACUUUAGUAGAAAAGAUUUGUCAUUUAUCGAAUCAUUUAAGAAAACAUCCAUAUGUUAAUAAAAUAAAGAUAACAAAUCAAAAAUCUAUAUUAUAUCGUAUAUUUUUAAAAGUUAUGAAAAGUUUUAAAAACUUAUCAGUACAACAAUGUAUUAGAAAUGUUGAUGAAUCGAAUUUACUUGAUAUUCUUUUUCUUUUCAAUGAAGAAAUUGUAAAAGAAUCUAAAAAAGAGUUAAAUUUAGGAAAAUGUGUAAAUAAUAUGAUUGCAAGAAAUAAGGAUUGGUAUAAUUUAAUGAAUUUAAUAAUCCUUUCUUUAUUAGGUUGUGUAACAUAUUAUAAAGAACAUUAUUAUUUAAAUAAGGAUGAAAUUGACGAAAUGAAAUCAAAAAAAAAAAUAACGGAUUUACCAAUAUUUGAUUUUUUUAAUGAAAAAGUAAUGGAUGUAUUUUUACCUGUAGAUUUAGAAACACAUAUUAAUAUUGAUUUAGUAGAAGAUGUUACGAAACCUACCGAACGUAGACAGAAGAUUUUUCAAUCAUGGUAUAUGAUAUUUUUAUUUGUUCAUAAAAUAUAUUUGAUAUCUAAAAUGUGGAAUCUAAUAAAAAACUGGGAUGCAGCUGAUUUUGUUCCAAACCCAUGGUAUGUGGAACAUAUUGGAAGUGCAUUAAUUCCUCAUAUUAUGAAUUUACAUAAAGCAGAAGAUGAUGAAUAUACUUUUUUUAGAUAUAUUGACGAAGUUCAAUAUUUCGUGUCCCUUAAAAGAAGUAAAAAUUUCCCUAUAUCAAAUUAUGAUAAAAAACUUUAUCACUUAGUUGAACAAAUAAUAACAUUUCAAGGUACAUCAUCACCAAGUAUGUGGUUGAUAAAUUUAAUAUAUGAAUUAACACCAUAUCCUUUCUUAAGUAAAGGAAGAUUACAUAAAGGUUAUUUAUUUAUAUUUGAAAAAACGGUAAAACCUUAUUUAGAUGGAUUGAAAAAAGUUUUAUUAAAUGAAUUAAAAGAUAAAUCAAAAUAUACAAGUGAAACUCCUUAUGCUAUAGUAUUUAGCGGUCAUUCAUUUGGUGCUGCUAUGGCACAAAUCAGUUCCUUUUAUUUUUCCAAAAUUAUGGAUUUGAAAAAUAGAACAAAUUUAAAAGUUUAUGCAAUAACUUUUGGAUUACCGACAUAUCACGAUUCUACCUUUUAUGAAGAUUUCCGUAAUAGUGGGGUUAUUAUAAAUAAUAUAAAUGUAAAUCAUGAUCCUGUACGUGUAAUUAUGGCUGUUCCAGGAAUAAAUGAUUUUGUUAAUCAUGAUGAAGAAAGAAAAUUAAUGAUAAAUUUUGAAGUGGAACAAUUAAAAAAAUUAAAUUAUGAUUUUGGUAAAAAUGCCUUUAACGCAGUUGAAUUUUUUAAUGUAAAAAAUCAUCAACGUUCUAUGUUAUAUGUUUUUGCCAAAUAUAUUUUUAACAAAAAUGUUUUCUUAGAGUUAGGAGAACUUCAUGUUCUUCAAACACACUAUUAUUUUUAUUAUAUAUUUUUAACUCUCUUAUCAGGAUGGGUUAAUGAAGCCGACUGGGGAACUUAUUUUAUGGUUCCUUUCUUCCUUUUUGAAAAUGUCGAUUUUUUACAUAACGAAUUAAUGAAUAAAUUCAAAGAAUUCCAUAAAAAAUAUAGUGGAGAAAUGGUUAAGAAAUUACCGAAUAAUGAAAAUUGUGAUAAUUAA